AUGAGCACAGAGCAGUCCAAGUACAUUCUCAACUCUAGUCAGUUAUUUGUGAAAGACUACAGUGGACAAUUUGACGAUGCAGACGCCAAGACUUCUCCUAACAUGGGGUUGUACGAGAGAUGGAAUUACACCAAAGACGGGGGCUUGAUAGAUCUAGAAGGCCCGCUGCUCUUGGAUGUGUUUCAACAAGAACGACUGAUUCUGAAUGGUGUGACAUUGGAUCUCAAACUCUGGCCUAGUACAAAUGCGUUUCGAUUGAUAUCUGCCAGUGAUUCACCCAACGAAAAGCUGAAAAUUGUGGAUGCCACCUUAAAGAUGUGUAUCCAAAGACCAAACCCCGCAUUAACCUUGGCUCAUGCUAAACUAUUAGAGGAGUCCACUACAAUCUAUCCUUACAUGUCGUCAUCCGUCAAAAUCGCUUCCAUUGCAAAAGGAGAAUUCAGCUUCAGUGCUGACAACAUGUUUCAAGGAGAAGUACCCUCGCAAUUGAUUUUGGGUUUGGUGUCCAGUACAGCUUACAGCGGAGAUUAUAAGAAGUCGCCGUUCAAUUUCCAACACUUUGACUGCAACUUUGUGGCUCUCUACGUGGAUAGUCAGUCUCUACCCUCUAAACCUCUGCAACCUCAAUUUGGAGAAAAUAAUUACCUGAAUGCUUAUCAAACCCUUCAAAGCGUGGAUGACAAUAUAUGGAUUUCCAGGGAAGAAUACGCCAAUGGGUAUACCUUCUACGUCUUGGACAUUAACCCGUACGUAGAUUUUAAUGUCAAGAGAAGAGCACACUGUCGUUUAGAGCUGCGCUUUGCCAAAGCUCUCCCAGAGAGCGUGACCUUGAUUAUGUACGGAAAAUUCCCAGAAAUUCUACGCAUCGAUCAAUCACGCAGUGUAUUUAAACAAUGA